GCAGAGAUGGAAGACGUGGGGCGGCGCUUGCGGGCGCUGCGUAAGCGGGCUGCAAGGCGACAGAGUAGGCCCCGUCAGAGGAGUCGCGGCUGGCGAUGCGCGCCAGCCAGCUCCACGUGCAUGGUGGUGUUAGUGUACAGCGGGGGUGUUGCAGAGGUGGCGGCGGAGUUUGCGCAGGGCCGAGGGUGGUGGAAGGGCCGGAGAGCGCUCGCUGGGUCUGCUGACGAGUUGCGGGAAAUAGCAGUGGAGGUUGAGCAAGCGUACGACACGUUGCCCUUGGUGCAGAUUGCGGCGCUCCAUGGCGACCCUGUCAAGGCUGGCUUGGUGUCUGAGCCCCAAAUGCUGGCUAUUAUCCGCUGGGUGGUGGAGCGCUCUCUCUACACCUGGACUGAAGAGCAGAACACAGUGCACGGUGUUGCGCCAUCUCGCGCCCAACUGGUCGAGCGCGCCUUGUCUGCAAUACCUCCUCUGGCCCCAGACGCAUGGUUGCGAUGGGGGCUGCGCUUGGGAAAGCUGAAGCCGCGCAACCGCAUAUCUGUGGCCGAGAAGCAGUCCAAGGCCAUGGCCUAUUUCCAGUGGGUCAACGCAGCUUCGGCGGCCGCUCCUGCCCACCGCCCGCCAUUACUCAUCAACAUGGACGAGACCGCCCUGGUGCGGCACCCCAGUGGUCUGGCGGGCACUGUCCUGAAGGUUCCUGCGGGCAAGCCCAUCUUGGGCGACCCCUCGUCUCUGGGCGAGAGACGCAGCCACAUCACGUAUUUGGCCAGCAUCACUCACGACGCAGAAGUGCAACUCCGCCUCCCGCAAGUUCUCAUCGGCAAUGAGCGUCAAUUUUCUGCGGCCAUGAUGAGAAGCUUGCCGACAUUGCCGGCGAAUGACGCGUGGCGCCGGGGUAAAGCCGCGUCUGAAGCUGGUUCCAUCAGCACGGUGCAGUGGCUCGAGAUUCUGGUCGCUGGCAUACAAGCGGUGUUGCCCGCCACCGACUGGGAAGAAGCUUUUGCAGCGGUGGGAGCAGUGGCAGAGCAGUCUCGCUUGGGCCGAAGACUUUGUGAUGCGCUGGAGUGGCAACAAGUUCCGACAGCGCCGGACGGCCUACCCUCUGUUGAAGCCGCGAGAAUGAUCUUCCCGAAGAACAUGAAGGUGAACCUUGAGGCCCUCCUGCACCAGGAGAUGGAGACUUUGAAGCAGCGUCGUGCUGCUUUAAAGCGCCAGUCUAAGGAUGCUGCCAAAGACCAAAAGCUCCUCGCUGCCAAGCGCCAGCGCUUGCUCAAGGCCCGUUGA